AUGCAUGUGCUGGAAUUCCCCAAGGAGAUGGAAACUUGGAGGAAACGGUCAGCUUGGCUACUGAAAGGCUUUCAAGCUUCCAAAACCACGGUUUCAAUUUUGAAAGAAAUCUUGGAUUUCUUCAAUGGAGAUACUUCGGACCAUGUACUUGUCCACUGGUGUAUUCCCAACAGUGUUUCUGGUAAGCCAUGCUGCAAAGACGAUGCCGAAUCUCUCAACAAGGGCAUAUCAUUAUUGACAUCUUUUCUCACGAAAGGCUAUGCGGUGCCACUCCUUUACAGGAUGAAGCAUUAUGGCCCUGCCGCUUCUUUCAUUCGUGUAGGAUGUUGCCUUCACAGCAUCCUUCCCCGCAUAUUGAAUGUAGACAAACAAGCUCUGAGUCCAGCUGAUCGCCCUGGUAGCGACUUGAGCAACAUUGUCGAUACACUUUUGGGGACUGAACACCCCAAAAAACGCUCGGAGUCUGAGUCAAACAAAAACCUGAGCCCUGCGGAGUUUGAAGCUCUUGUGGGUAAGCUUUUGGAUGAGGACACAAGUUUCGCAGCGCAAAAUGGAGCAAGGUGCCAGAUGGUUCAGAAGGAGAUCAGCCAACCUGCUUUUCACCAGUCUUCUAUUUUGAUUGAUGCCUUGGUUCAGCGGAUGGAACGAGGAUUCAAUUUCUUUUUGCGCAGGACAUCAAUUUUGAAUGACCUUUCAUAUUUUAGCCACGCAAAUCCAGAGCAUGAAGAACACAAGGCAGAGUCCAGCAAAGGGUUCUUGAAGGUGAUCCGAGGAGAGCUCGGUCAAGAGCUCAUUUCUGACUAUAGAGACUUCCUGAAAAACGGAUUUCAAGAAAGUGUUGGAAUGGGGCUGGAUGGAACACAAUCUCAACUCAACUUGAUCUUUCAGUUGGUGGUGUCUUGCAUGACGGACUUACACAGGCGUAUGGUCCAAGAGUUCAUGGUGCCACCCUUUACGGUGCUGAGGCUUGCUGAUGCUGACCCGGCAACAUUUGCAACAGUUUGGAACAAUAUCCGCCAAAGGUUCUUGGAUUGCGAGUGCUGUGUCGAUGCAGAAUUUACAACACCAAUUUUGCGCAAAUACUCUUGCAAUUUUUCCAUUCCUCCGACGCAAACCGACAUUGAGAAGAUCACAGAAAUACAAGAGUUUCUGGUGGAAAUCAGUAUCUGGAGCCCGUUGACAUCUGAUGCUGUUGAAAUUGUCAACGGACAGAUUCAAUGGGCAUUGAGUCGAAGGGGAAAAGGCACCCGUUUGUUGCAGCGACGUUCUGCGGUUGAGAUAUCAAUUUUGAGCCGAGCGGUGAAACAACAUGCAUGGGUUCAACAACAAGCAGGUGACAAGACUCUCCCCAGCAAGGCAGUGGCCAGUGGCAUCCGGAUGGACGGUGUCCUGGACGGUAAUGGAGCAUUGAAAGCUACCGCAAUUAACAUGGACCUCUCUGACCAGGAUAUCGAGAAGAAGCUCGACAACACGUUGCACAAACCUUUGGAAGUAUUGCGGCCGGACCACGUGCCUGAUGUUCACGAGUCUCCAUGUUUUCAUUUUGCGUGCCGAGGGAACCCCAGCCUUGCACGAGCAGAACAGCUUGUGAAGUCUUUAUCAUGGGCAUUGCAAGAACACGAUGUGGACGCAGGGUCCAUGCUGUUGUUUUCCUUGAGUGACAAGCCACAUGUUUCGGUUCCAGUGAUUCUGGGUGUUUCAAUGAAAAAACCAAUGUCACAUACCUUCGUCCUUGCCACGCUCAACCACGAAGAGGUAAAAUUUUCGGAGGAUGGAGGGUCCAUUCAGUUUAAAUCUUCUCAUCAGCUCUUCUGGAACCUUCUGGAAGAGCAUUCUGGAAGUCCCACCGAGACUGUGGAGAUUGAUGUUGAUGUUUGGACUUGCAGCGCGUUUCUGGACAGUGGCGACAAUAACGCCCUGAAGACCAAUCCUGACAGCCUGCAGUGCACUUUCAAAAUUUCCAGCAAGAGAGCUUUAAAGAACAAGCCGGUGGUUGUGAAAUUGCCCUUCUCUUUGGACAAGCGAUAUCGAAAGACCAGGAAGGUGCAAGAACAUGGGCCACAGAGAAAAAAAAAGAAAUCACUGAAGAACAUGGGGAAGUUCAAGAAACCACAAGCUAAAAAGAAUGACCCUGGCCCUAUUGUCAUUAGCUCAAGUUCAAGUGAUUCGGAAUCCAACAGUUCCUCUUCUGAAACGAUCAAAGACGCUGUGGACAUGGCUGAAGUUGAGGAGGAACAGGCCCUUCCCUUGUCCAAUGUUGUGAAGCAAGAACAUGCUAGUGUUAGAGAAGUUGCUAGGGAGAUUGAAGCCGCUGAUGACCAGCAGGAACAGAAAGCACAAACACUGCAGCAAAGCUUUGCAGCAGCACCCAGCCGUCCAAGUCAGCAGUCAACUUUUUUUUCCAAAGAAUGCGGUUUGGAUGAAGGCAGUUUAGACACGGGCCUUGUAAAGCGUGCCACAGAGCGAUUGAAAGCAAUAGUUGAGGCCCCAAUCGACUUUAUGCUUCGUGGCUACCUUGGCAGUGAGCCCAUUGGCUUGGAGCUGAUUGACGGGUAUUUUCUUCGGGAGCUGAAACUGGAGUCCUACGCAGAGAUUGCCGCGACAGUCGCGUGGGGUUCCGGCCAUGAGUUCAAGCAGCCGGUGAGAUCGAGAGACGGGAAAACGUCAUCCCUUGAGCGGACAUGCUUCGUCAAGCAGUGCCGGGACAAGUUUGGGCUGACUACUGGCCAAAUGCUGUCCUACUCGCAGACCCAGCUCACGGAGGCUGAGCGGUACCUGAUGAACCGACGGGAGAUGGAGAGUUUGGACAUCCAAUAUGCUUCGUUGAUUGCAAAGGGUAUUUCACCCGUGGAAACCUGGUGCACUACUGACUUGGCAAGUCCGCACCUCAGAAGCGUUGGCCGGAAGCAUAUUGGCAUGAACGGGUGUUUCUCCGCUAUCACGACCAACGUGAAGCUGUGGAGCUUUGGGCAUCGAGCUUUCGUGACUGGAGAGGAGCUGCUGAUCCACCAAGGGUUUGACAUUACCAAGAUCAACCUGGAGAGCACAUGCUACACUGACAUGAACCGCCUUGCUGGUGACAGCUGGAGCGUGCCCGUGGCAGGGAGCAUCUUUUUCAUGGUGGUUGCUGCGAUCUUGCCAGUUGGCUUUGGAGACCGGCCAUUGCUUUCACUGCAGAAUGUGGAGGAGCUGCUACCACCAGUGCCAGUGACUUUGGGCACUCCUACGUUGGUUCCGGGACUUGUGCAAAGGGUGGCCCGAAGGAGCCUUGAGUCGUACCAAAGUGGAAGUGAUGAAGAUGAGGCUAAGGGAGCGCCUUUGCGAUUUGGCCACCAGGUUCGGCAACAAACGCAAGACACACUUGCUCCUUGGCAUCCAGACUCAGAGGAUUGGAUUGUGGUCCCUUCUGGGGGGGCCAAACGCCGCUGGGCUCUGAAGUCUGACGACUGACUGCUCUGCUUUUGCCCGAUCAUAG